CCAUCUACAAACACCCUCACAACCCACACCCAUCGCGCUCCUAUCAGCAUGGCCUCCAUGGAGUACGAGUCUGAGCAGCGUCCCUAUGACGGUUUGUCACCCUCCCCCGUGCGACGCACUUGUCGCCAUCCUGUGACGUACCAUGGUUUGCUGACGGAACGCGUAGACGAGCCUCGUGGCUACGACCACCGCGAUCGCAGCAGGUCCCCGCGCCGUGAUCCUCGCGAUAUGGAGGAUUCCCGCGCUCGUAGCGCUUCUCCCAACGGUCGCGAUAGCCGCGGUCCACCCCCAGAGUCUCGCGGAGACGAUGGCAGCCGCAACACAGGCUCCAAUCUCUUCGUCACGGGCAUCCACCCCAGUCUCACUGAAGAGGAGGUCACCCGCCUCUUCGAGAAGUACGGCGUGGUCGACAAGUGCAACAUCAUGAAGGACCCUCAUACCAAGGAGUCGCGUGGCUUCGGCUUCAUUUUGAUGAACACCGCAGAGCAGGCCGAUGCCGCAAAGGAGGGUCUUCAAGGUGAAGUCCACCAAGGCAGGACGCUGAGCAUUGAGAAGGCUCGUCGUGCUCGCCCUCGUACUCCCACCCCGGGCAAGUACUAUGGCCCGCCCAAGCGCGAGUUCCGUGGUGGUCGUGGCGGAGGACCUCCCCGAUAUGGAGAUCGUUACGAUGAUCGCCGUGGUGGAGGCUAUGGCGGAGGCGGCCGUCGCGACGAUUACGGCUACGGUUCGCGCGGUUCCUCUCGCUAUGAUGAUCGUCCGUACCGUCGUGAUCGCGAUGACUAUGGCUCACGUGGUGUCGACCGCUACGCAUCUCGCGGUGACGACCGUUAUGGCCGUGAGGACCGUCGCGGCGGCAGCGGCGGCGGCGGCGGUGGCUACUACGAUCGCCCUCCUCCCCCGUCCGCUGGCGCUGGGGGCUAUGGAGAUGCCCCCCCACCUCGCCAGGAUGCCUAUGGUGGUGGCAGGCCCUACGAAGAUCGUGGUGGCGGUGAUGAUUAUCGACAGGCCCGCUAGACAUCCUGCUGACCGUGCCAGAGCCGAAUUGGCUUUGACUAUUCACAGCCCGGGCACAGAAUUAGCGAGCUUCGACUGGGGGGUGUGCGGUGCCCCUAUCCACUGCUUUGUACCCAAGAAUGAUC